CAAACAAGACCACCAUCUGCACAUCUCACAAUCCCAUGCUUGGCCAUGCUUGAAUGAACAUUUCCCCACACAACCAAAAACCUGUCAUUAUCAUAUCUUGUACCGACCAGGGUUUUUCUAGACCGCAACUUGCGCGUACGCUGUGAUCUGCGCGAAUUAGCUUUAUUAGGCAGCCAAUAUCACCAACCUCGACCCCUCACCAUAACCCUCAGGCCUGCCAUCUUCUUUUUCGCAGAUUUUCACGUUGAAGGAAUUCUAGGGAACAACGAAGGGGAGGAAAUACAGACACAAUGACGAGAGUAAUUGUAUAUUCCACGGCGCUGGUCGCAUUCAUGGCAGCGACUGCGAUGACAUUUGCCUCAAUUUUCGUCCCUGAUUGGAUCACUUGGUCCGUCGAAACUCAGGAUGGCGGGCAUUUUACGAAGACGGUCGGACUGCAUAGAAGUUGCUCGAGUACGAACAAUCAGUGUCAACAUUUCCCACAAUAUGAAGAUUGUCAUGGUACCGACAGGUACUUUUGUUCAAUGUGGCGAUCGGUGGGAUUUAUGAUGUCGUUCGCUGCAGUGUUGGAAUUGGCUACGUUGGUGGCAUAUGUGGUGGUUCUUGCUGGUGGGAAGCAGAAGAGGGAGAAUGGAUGGAAAGUCUUGACUUUCUUGUUGGUCCUUGUGGGAGCUUUGCAAUGUGCUAGUAUGGCUAUUGUGGCCUACUUGUUCGACAACGAUGACCGAUUCUUUGUCGGCUGGAAGCUAGACAAGUCUUGGAUUCUUUGCACAGUAUCCUGGAGCAUUGCAAUUAUAUCUGCUGCUCUGAUCUCACUUUCGGCAUUUGUGUUCCCAGCGGAAGAUGGCUAUGAACUUAUACCCAGUGAAAGAUACUACGGGAAUUAAAGAGGUGAGAUUUACAUGGAAGGCGUCAUGGUAGUUUUUACUUUUGCUAGACAUGAUUAAUGCUUGAUGUUUGGGACUCGUUGUUGCAUUGAUGAUAAGGCAUUGGGAAGGCUGUAUGACCAUUAUGAGUACUUAUUGUUUCACACAUACCAUAUACGCACAUAGAAACAGCGCAAUAUAAUGAUUUUGGAAAC